AUGGUUGUUCAAAACCCAAAUAACUGGCACUGGGUCGACAAGAAUUGUAUUGACUGGGCUCGUGCCUACUUUGAUGAGAAAUUGAAGAAUGUUGAAGCUCAGGAUGAUUCAACUACAGUCAAAUUGACUUCUGUGAAGAAGGUAGAUGGCGAUUGUGAGGUUUGCCAACGCAAGGGCAAGGUCAUUUCGUUAUUUGACAUGUCGAUUGAAAUUAAUUAUGAAUCUAGCACAGGUCACAAAGGGGUCAUUAGUAUUCCUGAGGUCAUGUAUGAUACCGAACCUCAUGAAUACCAGUUCAACUUAGAUGAAAGAGUCGAUGAAAAAACCAGGGUUUUAAUCAGAUCUAAGUUGAUUCCAAAAAUCAGGACCAUUUUGGAAGAUUUUGGUCCAACUUUAAUCAAUGUUCAUGGCUCAGAUAUCCAAGUCGAUGAAGAUCAAGUUAUGUCUACAUUUACAAAGGGUAAUCAAAACAUGAGCCACAUGAAACCAGUCAUCAAAGAAAAAACGACACUUAACAAAGGUAAUUCAAAGAGUGAAAGUAAGUCAACGCCACUUCCCGAGUAUGCCCAGAAAUACAACAUCUCGAAGCUGAACUUGAGUACGGAAUUCAAUACGACGGCAGAACAAUUAUAUAUAACAUUGUUGGAUCCACAAAGAGUAGCUAUGUGGACCAGGUCUCCACCCGGUGGCAUCGAACCAAAGGUUGGUGCCGAAUUCAAGCUCUUCGGUGGUGGUGUUGAGGGUAAAAUCUUAAGAUUGGUGGAAAAUAAGGAAAUUGAAAUGUUGUGGAGAAUUAGUAGUUGGAAACAAGGACAUUAUGUUAAAGUUACCUUUACGUUUGACCAAGGGCAUGGAGAAACUAUUAUGAAUGUUUCAAUGAAUGGCGUUCCAGUUGGUGAGGAAGAACUAGUGGAGGAGAACUUCAAAGAUAAGUACUUCAAGGCCAUCAAAUUGACCUUUGGUUUUGGCGCAGUUUUGUAA